AUGACAGCUUGUCUGAAAAAGCUCUGGGGGCUCGAGCAGCCUGCAAGCCCAACAGGAGACAAAGGUUGUGGUGGCAGCCAGGCCAGGGAGGAUGUGGAAAAAAUCGACAUUGAAUUGCCUUCAAGGGAGGCAACUGGGGGGGUGAAGGGCCUGGAGAUCACGCCCUGUGAAGAGCACAUGAUGGAAGUGAGGGGCAACUUCCGAGCCAACGCGCUGGCUGGCAUCCAGCGCCGCAGGCCUGUCCCGGGGACAGAGAUCGGCCCGGCUCCCCCUCGGCCCUGGCACAGAACCGCCAAAACACAAAACAAACGAAAACCGCACCGCUUUCACCCUCCUCCCUACGCCAUCCGCCCCGUCGCCAGCUCUCUCUCCAAUCACUUCACUACCCCGAAAAUACCGUACAACCCCUGCCGCUUCCACACCUGGUGUGUCGUUUAUACUGAGCUCUCCCCUGUGGCCAUCGCCCAGGAGCCAGCACAGCUGUGGCCGAAAGAACCGGGGAGCGGGGCUCCCACUCUGGGCCUGGCACUCAGUGCUCGUGGGAGCCCCAGCUGCCCCCUCGCUACCCCCGGCUGCCAGCCUGUCGGGCGGGUCACCCCGCUGGGCCACGCCUCCCCGGACUUGCCCCUCCCGGAGCUGCUGGGUCACUCCUGCCGCCUGCUCCCGGCCUUCGCCAAUCUCACAGGGAAUGCUUACCGAGAGUGCACAGAUAAUGGGACUUGGGCCUCCCGGAUCAACUACUCCCAGUGUGAGCCCAUCUUGGAUGACCAGAAGAAAUAUGACGUGCACUACAAGAUAGCGCUCAUCAUCAACUACCUGGGACACUGCAUGUCCAUGGGGGCUCUCCUCGCCGCCUUCCUGCUCUUCCUCGGCUUGCAGAGCAUCCGCUGCCUCCGGAACAUCAUUCACUGGAACCUCAUCAGCACCUUCAUCCUCCGGAACCUCCUCUGGUUCCUCCUGCAGCUGAUCGACCACACUGUGCAUGAGAACAACGAGGCUUGGUGUCGGUGCGUCACCACCAUUUUCAACUACUUCGUGGUGACCAACUUCUUCUGGAUGUUUGUGGAAGGCUGCUACCUGCACACGGCCAUCGUCAUGACGUACUCCACAGACAAGCUGAGGAAGUGGGUCUUCCUGUUCAUUGGAUGGUUCAUCCCCUGCCCCAUCAUCGUCGCCUGGGCCAUUGGCAAACUCUACUAUGAAGAUGAGCAAUGCUGGUUUGGCAAAGAGCCGGGGAACUAUGUUGACUACAUCUAUCAAGGCCCCGUGAUUUUGGUGCUCCUGAUCAAUUUCGUCUUCCUGUUCAACAUUGUUAGAAUUUUGAUGACGAAGCUGCGAGCAUCCACCACUUCAGAGACGAUGCAGUACAGGAAGGCAGUAAAGGCAACCCUGGUUCUCCUGCCCCUCCUGGGGAUCACCUACAUGCUCUUCUUUGUCAACCCCGGGGAUGAUGAUUUGUCGCAGAUUGUGUUCAUUUACUUCAAUUCCUUCCUGCAAUCCUUCCAGGGCUUCUUCGUGUCCGUGUUCUACUGUUUCCUGAACGGAGAGGUCCGAGCGGCCGUGAGGAAGAGGUGGCGCAGGUGGCAGGACCACCACUCCCUCCGAGUGCGGGUGGCCCGGGCCAUGUCCAUCCCCACGUCCCCCACGAGGAUCAGCUUUCACAGCAUCAAGCAGACGGCCGCCGUCUGACGUCACCCCCCCCAUACACUCCUCUUCCCCCUCCAGUCCCAAAGACGCCCUCGUGCCUCUCCCUCCUUCCCUGAGCAGUCUGACGUGGGGGACAAGGGAAGCUGGGCUAUGUUGGGGGAUCGCUGGGAAAGGGGCCCAAGCCUGGGCCCAGCAGCCAGGGAGCAUUCGGGGAAACCCCACAGAAGAGUCUGUCACACUGGUCCGACCUCUCGCCCUCAGCCCAGUGAGCCCCACUCGCCCGAAGGGGAAGGGGAGGCUCUGGGCCCGGAGAGGAGAGGCUGGAGCUGCCGUAGAAGGGCCCCGUACAGGCCCAUCGUUUUACGGAUGGGGAAACUGAGGGAGAUGCUGAUCACGGCGAUGCGGACACCAGCGAAGCUGGGUUAGACCCCAGAGCUCCGGAGAGCCAACUUGUUCCACCGCACUGCUCACGGGAUGGGUCUCCCCUCCCCCGCUGCUCCCAGAGAGUAGGAGCACCAAGACUCCCGCUUCCUUCCCACCCAAUCUCCGUCCUUCCCGUUGCUUGGAGGACCGGCCGGGCUUGUGUGCGGGGGUGGAGGAGGGGCAUCAGCCACAUAAACCUCGAAGCCGGCGUCCUCAGGACCCCGCUGGCCCUUCCCCUUCAGAAACAGUGUCUCUCGUGUCUCCGGAAUAAACCGCUCCCAAAGUG